GUUAAAAAACAGUAAGUAUUUAAUUGAUCGGUACUGUAAGAUUCAUUGGUAUGUAACCUCAAUCAGUUUUCGGGAUUAUUCUAGAAACGACCAAUAAAGUAAAAACCGAAAGACGCCACCAUGAGCGGGUUGCCUAAAGCUCAGCUGGAGCAACUGAAACAGUUUAUUGAGGCAUGCAGGGCUCAGCCUGAUCUACUUCAUACACCGGACCUGGCCUUCUUCAAAGAUUGGCUGGAAGGCAUGGGUGCAACACUUCCCCCACCAGCAGCGAAGAAACAGGAACCUCCAAAAAGUCAGAAGAAGGCGCCCCCAGCUCCGGAGCCUGAGCCCGAGAUUGAGAGCGAAGAGAGUGACAUUGACCUUGACAACGAGGGUGUGGUGGCGGAUGCAGGCGAAGACGAGGUUCCGGAGUAUCCGGACAUGGAGACCGAGGUGACCGAGGAAAUGAUGGACCAAUCAGACGAGCUCCGUGGACAGGCAACCAGCGCACUAGGUGACGGUGAGGACGAUGAAGCUUUGAAACUGUUCAAUGAAGCCAUUCAGAAGAAUCCAGGUGCAGCCAUGCUGUAUGCAAAGCGAGCAAGUGUGUACAUCCGCAUGAAGAAGCUGAAGGCAGCUAUUCAUGACUGUGACAAGGCCAUCAGUAUGAAUCCAGAUACCGCACAGCCGUACAAGUUCCGUGGGAAAGCGAGGAAGAUGCUGGGGCAGUGGGAGGAGGCUUACAAAGACCUCACAACGGCCGAGAAGCUUGACUAUGAUGAUGACAUUCAUGAGAUGCUCAGACAAGUCAAACCUAACGCAAUGAAGAUAAUUGAACACAAUCGCAAAUAUGAAAGAAAACGUGAGGAAAGGGAACUGAAGGAAAGGAAAGAAAGAGUCCGCAAAGCCAAAGAGGCCCAAGAAAAAGCCAAAGCGGAACAACCUCAGUCUUCAGGUGGAUUCCCCGGUGGCAUGCCAAGAGGAUUUCCUGGUGCUGGUGGCAUGCCAGGAUUCCCUGGAGCAGGUGGCAUGCCAGGAUUCCCCGGUGCAGGUGCAGGUGCUUCAGGGCUAGGUAGUCUGCCAGACAUUCAGGAGCUUCUGCAAGACCCUGAAAUCAUGGCUGCAUUCGCGGACCCGGAGGUGGCUAAGGCGUUCCAGGAGAUCAGUACCAACCCGGCCAACAUCGCCAAGUACCAGGGCAACCCGAAGAUCCAGAAGAUCAUACAGAAGAUGUCCCAGAAGUUUGGAGGUGGCGGCGCAAACCCCGGUGGCAGCGGCGAGUCUCCCCAGGCCCCACCCACGGCAGACUUUGGGAUCGAUUAAAGCAUUCAGGGGUGUUGUGUGUAGGGAAGUGUCAUUUCUUGUAUGUUAGGGGUGGAUUGGAUUUAUCCAGAUGAUGUCCCCUUAAGAAUGCUUCAUUUUUUUCAUACAUUUCUGUAUUUCCAAGUUUUCACUUUCAUUUUAAUCAACUGGCUCGAGUUGAACUAUAUUGUGUUAUCGUAGAAAAAACAUUUAUAAAAUUUUGUUUCAAUAUUUAACAUUUUGGUUUUUGGACUGCUGGUCCAAAUCAUUGUGUAAUCUUGUAAGAACAAGGCAAGUGGUUGGGCAUGAGAACUUUAUGUGUAUAAAAUAUAGUUUAGUUAUAUGGGAUAUGUGUAUAUUUUGUUUAAUUAAUUUCAUGUAGAAUACCUGCUUGCUGCCGAACUUGAUUAACUAUAUUUUGUGUUAAUUAUUGUUGAAGGCGACUUGAAUAUAUUUAUUGUCUAGACUUGAGAAAUUCACUAGAAUGCACUUGGUUUAUGAAUCUUUACAUGGGCUACCAAUCAUGUUUAACUCUUGAUUUGUGUAAGAGAGUAUAAUAAAAUAAAAUCCAGAAAACUA